CAGCCACACACUGCGGUACUUAUAACGUGUGAGGGUCUCGUUAAAGCGGAGUUCCGCUGCCUCCAAAGAGCCGCUCAUCCACCGCUGCAGACAUCACUCCGAACCCGGUGUGAGCCUCCCUCAGUGUGACAAUGGCAGACAGCUCGAACUGUUUCUACUGUCGGGAAGACCUCGGUGGGAAGAGGUUCGUUCGCAGCGAGGGCAGGCCGGUGUGCGUCCGCUGCCACACCAAGUUCUGCGCCAACUCCUGUGCCGAGUGCCACCGACCCAUCUCUGUGGAAAUGAAGGAGCUCAGCCAUAAGGGCCGGUACUGGCAUGAGGAGUGUUUCCGUUGUGCCAAGUGCUACAAGCCUCUGGCCAAGGAGCCCUUCAGCACCAAGGACGACCGCAUCAUGUGUGGAAAGUGCUGCUCCAGAGAGGAUGCUCCGCGCUGCCACUGCUGCUAUAAACCCAUACUGGCUGGCACAGAGAGUGUGGAGUACAAAGGCAACACGUGGCAUGAUGAAUGUUUCACCUGUUUCAACUGUAAACGGCCAAUAGGGUCGCAGAGUUUCCUCUCCAAAGGAAGUGACACGUACUGCAGCCCGUGCUAUGACAAGAAGUUUGCCAAACACUGUGUCGGCUGCAAACAGCCUAUAACCUCUGGUGGAGUGAACUACCAGGACCAGCCGUGGCACAGCCACUGUUUUGUGUGCAGCUCAUGCUCAAAGCCUCUGGCAGGGACCAGUUUCACCAACCACCAGGACCAGGUCUUCUGCGUCGACUGCUACAAGAGCUCUGUGGCUAAGAAAUGCAGCAGCUGCCAAAACCCCAUCACAGGUUUCGGUAAAGGAGUGAACGUUGUGAACUACGAGGGCAGCUCCUGGCACGAAUACUGCUUCAACUGUAAGAGAUGCUCCCUCGGUCUGGCCAACAAGCCUUUUGUAGCCAAGGGAAGAGACAUCCUCUGCACCGACUGCGGCAACAAGUAGUGAUGGAGAGCCUGGUCACUGUCUAACAGCAGUUUAUUCAGUUAAGUUUUUGGUUUUGACCAGUGUAUGUUCAAGUACUCAAACAUAAGGUUAAAGGCUAGUGUUGUGAUAAAGGUUGUGUUUUUUAAAACUCAGAAAUCAAUGCUUUCAUGUUGAUGUUAAAUGACACAUGGAUUUUAAACAAAUACGUAAAUUGGGAUAAUUUUAAUUGUAUUUUUCCAUCUUCUUUUAGCACAAAUUACUGCUUGUGUUAGUGACUUUAAUGUCUUGUUUUUCUGUGUUUAAAAAGUGAUAUUUUCCUAUGACCAAAAAAAAGUUGUUUCUUUAAUUAUUCAAAAUUAAUCUAUAUUUGUAACUGCUAAUUCCCUAUUCCCUAUUAGAUUGAUAUGCUUAUUGUAUGUAAGUAAAUAAACUGCUAUGCACUUUUCUAAGCCAUUUUUCCUCAAGGGAAAGAUGAAAAAUAUAUAUUAAAUUGGAAUAUAUGCAAACUGCAUGCUUCGAUGUGUUGCUAAAAUCAAAUAAACUUUCUACAAAA